CUAGGCUUUAAGUGUGAAUAACCUGAAUGUGAUUUUUUUUCUACUUUGUGUGCUUAAGUCUCAUUAUUACAACUUCACAAGCCUAAUAUUUAUUUUUUUCUGCUGCCUGUAAUAGGAAGCAGUGAGGCAGAAUGUGAUGAUGAUGUUGUGAUCAGGGACACAGAUUCCUCCAAUGGGACCAAAGUUCUGAUAAACAGGCAGUUUCAUAUGUAGGCAUAAACUAAUUUCAUCAGUGUUUUGGAACAAAUUUAGCUUUUGAAAUAAAACACAAGCAAAUGUGCUAAUCCAAUCAUUUUAAUUAUAGCUGUUACUUCAGACUUUAUAUUAAGGCAGUGGAAAACAUAUAUAAAUCUUAUACUGCGAGUAUAUACAUUUUGCCUUGAGAGGUUUCUCUCUUUACACACCAAUGUCUGUUCGACCUGAUUUCAAAGUUAGUAACUCUACCUUUCUUCUUACUGGUUUUCCUGGACUGGAAAGGGACUAUCCCUGGCUCUCCAUCCCCUUCUCCUGUAUCUAUGCUAUGAUAAUUUCAGGGAACUGCCUGGUGUUGCAUGUGAUCUGGACUGAGCCAAGCCUGCACCAGCCCAUGUUCUACUUCCUGGCCAUGCUGGCCCUCACUGACCUAUGCAUGGGACUGUCCACAGUGCACACAGUACUGGGUAUCCUAUGGGGGCUCGGUCAGGAGAUUGAUUUGGAUGCUUGCAUUGCACAGACCUUCUUUGUUCAUGGUUUAUCAUGCAUGGAAUCUGGAGUUCUUCUUGCAAUGGCUUUUGAUCGCUUUACAGCAAUCUGCAAUCCUCUGAGAUAUACAUCCAUCCUCACCAAUACCAGAAUCAUCAACAUUGGUGUGGCUAUUCUAGGUAGGAGUUUCCUGUUCAUUACUGCUCCCAUUGUCCGCCUAAAGUUCUUCCAUUACUGCCGCCCCCACAUCCUCUCCCACUCUUUCUGCCUGCACCAGGACCUACUCCGUCUGGCUUGCUCUGACAUCCGCUUCAACAGCUUCUAUGCUUUAGCCCUAGUCAUCUGCACUUUGUUUUUGGAUUCAGUGCUCAUUCUCAUCUCCUACAUCUUGAUUCUGCGUUCUGUCUUGGCUAUUGCAUCCCAGGAAGAACGGCUCAAGUCCUUGCAGACCUGUGUCUCCCACACCUGUGCUGUCCUAGUUUUCUAUAUUCCGAUUAUUGGUCUGACCAUGGUGCACCGUUUUGGGAAGCACCUCUCACCUGUGGUCCAUGUCCUCAUGGGCAACAUCUAUAUCCUUUUUCCACCCCUGAUGAACCCCAUUAUCUACAGUGUCAAGACCCAACAGAUUCGUAGCAGAAUCCAGAGAUGGUUCACUAAACAGAGUACUAGAGGUUAAUGUGUUUUAGGGAAAGGAUGAUGGUAUUUGGAAGAGGAGUGACUAAUAAUGAUUUGUAGCAAAAAUAAUAAAUUUAUAUAAAAUUCUUAAAAGGUUAAAGGCAUAUUUAUAGUCAUUUUCUAAUUUAGUUUUUCAAAGCCAGAUAAAUAGCCAGAGAAAAUGUUACUGAUCUUAUUUUCUUAUUUUAAAGUUAAGUAUAGUGUUUACUAAAGUGAAUUAUAUUCCAUAUGUGCCAGUGAGCACUUACCAAGAAAUGAUUAAAUUUUUAUUACCACCCACGCUUUCUGAAUUCUAGUUUAGAGUGUGAUUUUGUUGCUACAUGUAACUGUUAUAUGUCCACAUUUACAAUAUGUCAUAAACAACUGUUACAUGUUAUUAUGCUGUGUCACAGACUGACUCUGUUGAGUCAUUCAUACCUCUCUACCUUUAAGUAAGCAAAAGUAUCCAGAAAGUUCAUUCUGUCUCAUAUAAUAGAAUGCAUUAUGUAGGUAGAUUAGAUAUCACAGCUUAAUACAGAAGGUUUGGUGAACACGACACUGAGUCAGCUAUUACAUCUCUACAUAUCCUACU